AUGUGGCACGCGAGAGAGAUUGUUUGGGCGGUUGCGCUUGUGCUGCUGCUCGUUCUGGUGUCGACACUGGCUCUCCAGCAACAGCAGCCGUCUCUGCUGCUGACGGUGCUCCCAGCAGGGAUCCUUUCCUCCCUGGGACCUAUCCCUCAUAGCCCUGCUGCAGCCACUGACAGCCCUGCUGCAGCCACUGACAGCCCUGCUGCAGCCACUGACAGCCCUGCUGCAGCCACUGACUCUGACGGCCGUCAGAAGUACAAUCGGCAUGACAGUGGGAAGGGCUUCACGGGCAAUGGCAGCGCUGGUGAGCAGGGGUUUGAGCUGCCGAAUCCGCCGUCUAGGUUCAAUGCAUCUGCAGCGUGGCACCAGAUGCAGCACCACACGGCGCACUCGUGCUGGAGCCAGCAGGAGCGACACCUGUACCACACGGCCAACCAGUCCCCUCCGUCAGCAGCGUUCAGAGAUGCAGUGGAGGAGUUUGAAGCAAUGCAGAGAGAUUGUGUGGGGUUCCAAAAUUUAAAGAGUUUGCAAUGGGUUAAAGACAAGGCCACAUGGAACAAGACCAUCCCUCGAUAUGGCCGCGACAGGAAGCAAUGUCGCUACAUUUCAAUUCGUGAUAUAAACAGGGGCUUGGGCAACAGGAUUACAUCAUACAUUGUGUCGUUCGUGUUGGGUCUUCUCACACAUCGAGCCAUCAUCGCACGGCCAAAUGCCUUCCUCAUUCGCCGCUUCUGCAACCCCUUCGCCCAUGCCAACGCCACCUGGACUGUCCGACCCAAGAUGCAUAGGCUGCUGUGGGCAACAGUGCUGCGGCGGCCCAACGUCAGCAUGAGCGCACUUGCCAAAGAGCUGAGCACGCAGGGCAACAGGGUGAUGGACGACAUGAGGAGGCGUGUGCAAGAGGAUGGCACCGUUUGGCUGGACAUGGAGACCAG